UCAAAAUAAAAUAAGUUAUUUCAAUGCAAGGUUACGACACUUCCAUUCCAAUUAGCUAUUCGUGCAUAGUCAGUGUACACUGUUAGAAUUUAGUACAACUGGUACAAUUGGAACUAAACCAUGACCCCUAAUUUAAAUUCAAAGGUCACUUUGAAUUGGUACGACUAUACCAUCUUUGUAGGUACUUUAGUUUUCAGUACUAUGAUCGGAAUCUAUUACGGAUGCUUUGGAACUAAACAAGCAACAACCAGAGAGUACCUCAUGGGAGCGAAAACCAUGAAAAUCAUCCCUAUAGGAAUCUCAGUGGCAGUGGGUCACAUUUCCGGAACUUUUCUACUAGGAACAGCAGCAGAAGUAUUCAGAUACGGAGCCAGCGUUUGGUUGAUGGUUGUGUCAAUAAUAAUAAUGGGGUUCCUAGUAAAUUAUAUUUACCUUCCUGUGUUUUUUAAAUUGCGACUAAGAAACAUUUACGACUAUUUGGAGCAAAGAUUCGACAGGAAAACGAGAAUUUUGGCCAUUGUAUUUUACGUGGUUGCUGAAGUUUUUUUAUUUCCAGUGCAAGCGUAUACUCCAUCGUUGACAUUCGCAACUGCUAGUGGUUUUAAUGUCAAUCUGGUCGCGUUUGUCUUGUGUGCCGUUUGCGUCUUUUACACUGCGAUUGGUGGCUUCAAAACGGUCAUUUGGACGGAUUUUUUUCAGUUUGGAAUAAUAGUGACGUCUUUCGUUAGCGUUUACUUGAUCGGUCUGGGAAAAUUUGGAGGGUUCUUGUCGGUGUGGUACACAGCUUUGGCUGGCGAAAGACUACAGGUUUUUAACUUCGAUGUUGACCCUACAGUCAGAGGUACUUUCUGGGGGUAUCUGAUAGGUCUAGCAGCCGCUUCUACUAGCCAUCUGGCCGUACGUCAAACCGGGGCCCAAAAAUUUUUAACCUUAGGAAAAUCUACCGAUCUCAAGUGGUCGGUUACCUACACCGUAAUUAGUAUGUCUGUGCUCCAGACUUUGUGCGUUUUGGUUGGCUUAGUGGUUUAUGUCAAGUACAAAGACUGUGACCCUCUCACCAGUCACAUGAUUUCAAAGCAUGACCAAAUUUUCCCGUUCUUUGUAACCGAGAUUGGUGCCAGCCUACCAGGAAUCUCGGGUCUCUUUAUAGCAGCUAUUUGUAGUGGAUCACUAAGUUCAAUGUCGUCCAACUUAAACGCUCUCUCUGGUGUCAUCUACAAAGACGUUGCGUACCUUUUCCUCAUGAAAAAACUCUCCGACAAAAGUAGUAGCAGUAUUUUAAAAGUGAUAGUCCUUGUUGUUGGAACCUUGUGUACCUGCUUAGUGUUUACAAUAGGACUAUUGGGCGAAAUAUUUUCCAUUAGUUUGUUGUUGCAAGGUCUUGCAGAAGGACCGUUGUUGGGGUUGUUCACACUAGGAAUUCUCUUCCCACAGGCAAAUUCAAAGGGAGCCUUCUAUGGUACUCUUGGUGGUUUUAUUGCUGUUGGAAUUCUAGCAAUCCCCGCCAAAUUCUACGAACUGAAAGGUUUGAUAAAGUAUCCUACGAAACCUCUGUCAGUACGUAGUUGUGAUUUUUUCAACCAAACGACAACUACAACAAAUUUUACUACUGCUUUAAACGAUUCCGUUUCGUCCCAAGUACCCUCCAUUUUUAGAAUCUCGUUUUAUUAUUACACGUUCAUUGGAACCGCAAUGACUGUCAUUUUUGGAUUAAUUAUUAGCUAUAUGUCAAAGAGUGCUUCGGUUGACAGAAAACUGCUAAGUCCCUUGAUAUACAGGUGCUUACCUGAAGAAGGUCGGGAAGAAGAGAAGGUUUCUUGUACUAGUGCACAAGAAAGUUCAUUGAUUCUGCGUUAGAAUUUUUGGGUACUGUUAGUAAAUUUCAGUUUUAAAAUAAACGUUUAAU